GAAAGUGUGACACAAAUGUGGUGUUCAUUACUUGUAGUGACUAUGAAAAACAUCCCUCUAUAUCCAUAGCACCUAUUAUCAUGGGUGUGAGACUUCUUGUUGUGGUGAUCUUGACUUUUGUAUUUGUACGAUUCUGUGUCAAGAGAGCGAGGAGGUCCAGAGCUUCAUCAAGAAUGCUGCCAGGGAAAGAACUGGAGUUUCAAGGUGGGGAACAUGAAGAUGUCACUGACAAAGAAAAUGAGAUGGAAGACUUCAGUUGUGGUGGUGUCAGAUCAGAGGCUGAAUUAAUCUCAGAGAAGGAUGAUAUUCAAGCAGAUGAGGCUCGACCCCUGACCUUUCCAGGCACUACUGCCAUCAACAUCAACACACAUAAAGAUGGGGUGACCUAUCAAGUGGAAAAUCCAGUGGAGAGUUUUGACGACAUCGAUACAAUCGCUGGAACCACACUGACUACAGCAGAGGUCCAUGUCAGCCACACAUGACUUAAACACAGCAGCCCCAGGAUUGGUGCGAAGGAAUGAGGACUAAAUGAAAAACAAUAUUAAAAUCUUUAAAUGCAAUAUACAUUUAAUGAAAUGGCUGAAGGAAAACUAUAUUUGAUGCAAGAACUUGCUGUAAAAACAAAAACAAUCUCUCUUUUGAUACUGUAUAGCAAAAACUCUUUAAUGCAAAAUGUAUAAGAGUGAUAAGGUAUUACUCUGAGUAAAAUAUGAUCUUUAAAGCAUAAAUAUUCAAUAUCUUGUGGUUGUCGUCUUGAUAUUUUCAAUGUGUCAGUAGAUGGUCGUUGAGACACCAGAGUCUCAGUUGUAGUAGUGCUAAGCUGGUCUGUUUAGUCUUCAUCUUAAA